UGCUUAGCUUGCUGCAUUGCAUGAUGCGGCGUCGUCGUUUCAACUAUCUUCAUGCAUUGCACGCUUCCUACGAACCCGCCUCUGACACUCCUAAAUUUUCUUCCGUUUUCUCGGGAAAAUCCACCCCCGAGAAAAUCUCACUAUCUCUUUCCCUCAAUCAAACUCAAUAAUACAAUUUUACAAACACACAUAAUAAUUCACAGCUAGCCUAGCGUGCUGCUAUGAUGGAUCAGACCAGAACCGACACUCCGGCGCCCACGCGCCAGUGGAGCGGCGUUUCCAGCAGCACCGGCUCAUCGUCUCCGGUCAUGUCACCGGCUCACCCUCAUUCGCGGCUCGGUUCCAUCAAGCACCGAGACUUAGCCACCAAAGCAGCCGCGCAGCAGCGUCUUGCUCAGGCCAUGGCGUCUCACUACGACGAUGAUGAUGACGACGAUGAUCUCCGGUUCGCUGCUCCGGCCCCUCUCUCCCCCUCCAGUGGUUACACCAGGAACGGUGGUAUUACCGCCUUUCCUCCGAUUUCAAAUCGGUCUCCGUCUCAUAAGUUAGGUCGGAACAUUGUAGAGCAUAGUCUUUCAGCACGCUCACUAUCAGCUGGAAGAUCAGCGGCGUUUGUUCGUUCAACAACAGCAACAAUGGUGCCUCCCAGUAAAUUGACUAUUCCAAUGGAUCUUCCGAUCAAUAGAAGUAGAGACAAGAGGUUUCUUUCAUAUGUCAGUCAACUUAACUCAAAAGACACAGGAGAUCAGCGUGAAGCUUUUGCACUCCAGGAUGAACUUGAUAUGCUAAAAGAAGAGAACAAUAUUAUGAUAUACAAGCUAAGACAGGAAGAGGAAAGACUUGAAGAAGCAGAAGCUAGAGCUAGGGAACUUGAAAAACAGGUUGCUUCUCUUGGAGAAGGCAUAUCCCUGGAAGCCAAAUUGCUGAGCAGGAAGGAAGCUGUUUUGCGUCAAAGAGAGGCUGCUCUCAAGUCUGCAAAACAAACACAUGAUGGGGAAGAUGAGGAAAUGACUGCCCUUCAUGAGGAAAUUCAGAACUUAAAAGAUGACACUGCAGCAGCUGUAGAUCAACAGAAGGAAGCUGAAGCUGAAGCAAAGGCUCUUAGCAUAAUGACACAGAGAAUGGUUUUGACCCAAGAAGAAAUGGAGGAAGUUGUUCUGAAAAGAUGCUGGCUUGCUCGUUACUGGGGUCUCGCUGUAAAAUAUGGUAUAUGUGCAGAUAUAGCACCAUCACAACAUGAACAUUGGUCAUCUCUUGCUCCUCUUCCUUUUGAAGUUGUUACUUCUGCUGGACAAAAGGCUAAGGAGGAAUCUUGGAACAAAAGUCAUGGAACAGGUGACGAUGAUCCAGAUGGUAACAAACCUAUUCGUGAUUUGAAUGAUCUCACUGGGGAAGGAAACAUUGAAAGCAUGCUUUCUAUUGAGAUGGGUUUGAGAGAGCUUGCUUCACUAAAGGUUGAGGAUGCUGUUGUGCUUGCAUUAGCCCAGCAUAGACACCCAAAUUUAGUUCGGCAGUCCAUUUUAGAUUCCACAGCACCUGGUGAUCCCAACUUUGUUGAAGCUUUUGAGUUAAGUGAUGAAGAAGCAGAAGAUGUUCUUUUCAAACAGGCUUGGUUACUUUAUUUCUGGAGAAGAGCUUUAUUCAAUGGUGUAGAAGAUGUUGCAGAAGAGCGUCUUCAGUUUUGGAUUAGCCGCAGUGGGCAGACACCAACUUCUCGUGAUGCCGUUGAUGUUGAGCAAGGUUUGUUGGAAUUGAAGAAGCUGGGUAUAGAACAGAAACUUUGGGAAGCAUCUCGGAAGGAAACUGAUCAACCUCCAAGCUUACCAGCUGAUAAUCAUAAGCUUUCCACCGAAUCGGAAGCUUCAUCCUGAUUAUGGGAGUGAUUCUUUGUCACAUAUGUAGAUUAAUUUUUGCUACAUUAGUUUGUUUUUUAUACACCAUUUUUUCUUGGGUCUUAUACAAAGAAAGCAAGACUCUUCACAUUGCAAGAGAAAAGUGGAUUCUGUAAUGUCCACCUUCGUGAGUCUCAAUAUAUCUUCAGUCUUUUAAUUAAAAUUUGCAGUUCUGAAA